AUGGUCCAAACACGAGACCCACCGUUUGAGUUUGAAGGCGACCUCUUCACCGCCGACCCAAAAUUGUUGCCGCCAGGACCGACUGCGAUGCCGUACGAGAUUCCGGACCUGGAGGAUCCAUCGCAAUACGUAAUUAGGCUUGAGCCAAGGGAAGACAACGCGCCGCGAACUGCACAGUACGCAGAUCAAUAUGGCCAUGCGGUGAAGAUGGCUUCGGAGGCCUCGUCACGGAGGGCCUGGAGGACCUGGAGGACCAUCGCCAUUCCAGAUACUACCACGGCCUCCUCUGCCACGUUACUUAUACCACGGGAGACUUAUAUAGACAUCGUCGACGCAGAUGACACCACGAAAUCAGACCUAAAAACCUGGACAAGUCUCGUUCAUCAAUAUGACAUUUGGAUGCAGCGCCGCACGAAAACUUAUAUGUUUGCCACCAUGACCGAGUCCAUGCAGCAUCUUAUGAAACACAUACAGUCCGCUCUCGCGAGGUCUCUUGUAGCCCGGUACCGCAAGUACCUGCCGAUGUUCAGUAAGGAAUUCGAUGAGUUGGCCGAGAAGUACCGGGUUCAACCCGAGCAAGCACAGGAACUCACAGCAUACUGGACAAAGAUUCACAAGGGUGCAGACUCGGAAAAGCGCACAGCAAACGGGCGCUUUCUUCGGUACGAAGACGGACCAUGGUCUAGAGCCGUCCGUACCGCAUGCUGGACUUUAGGUGUCCACCAGGAUAGAGUCUUCGAUAUGAUCGAGCACUUCGCUACCACAUCCAGCACCGAGCCUUUUCACCCGAGUAUGGAGCUUAGCUUGGGCAAGUGCCAAUCGCACAUUAUCAGCGAUAUCUUGUAUCGAGACCGCAACGAGGUUGACAAUUUCUUGGACUUCGCGGAUACUAGUGUAUCAGAGUGUGACGCUGAGAUCAUCAAGGGAGAUCUCAGAGUGGUGAUCGAGAAGCAUAUUGAGACGUUGUACACCAUUCAUGAGAAGUUUAAGGACAGGCCUAUUGGAUGGGAUCGGACGGACAAGUGUCGGGAGAUCAUGUUGCAAAACUUCGAAUCCACACCGGAGUCUGGGACCUGGCUUGAGCUAGAAAGGGAUGUUGUGGUGGAUAAAGCGGACGCAGAAAGGCGCCACGUUGAACGACAACGAAAGCUAGCGGAGAAUGCGACAAGAGACAUUAAGCGGAACAAGAGGAAGUUCAAGGAGCUUAAUCUAGAGGAGAUUUGGGCGGUACAGAACAGUGAAUUCCUGGCAGAGGCGGUGGACUAUGCCGAGAAUCCUUGGGAUGCCGAGGUGGGAAAGAGGUGGGCAGAUAUAAAAUUCGAGGAAGAGGAGAUGAGGAGCAAGUCUUCCCGAUGGGUGGGGGAACUGUGUGAGGAAGACGAGAAAGAAAAUGGGGAUGGGGAUGAGGAGGUCGACGACGACUGCGGGAAGUAUGGAGGAGUUUCGAAAGAAUGA